UCUCUGUCUCUCUCAAAAACAGAAAAUCUUAAAAAAAAAUGGUUUUACUCAGAUUUUGGUGUAAGGAAUUGCUUAGGCUCCAUUUUCCUCAUCCCUGGAGGGAAUUGAUAAUUCACAGGCUUGUAAGACUUAUGGGAGAGAGAAAAACAGUAAAUGCUCAAAAUGAGGCCAUUCUAUUAUUUUUUCAAAGAUUUGAUGGUUUAAGACAGAUCAGGUUGUCAGGGGAGUAUUUAAAAAACAGGCUGAUAAUUAAUAGCAAACAUUUUCAUUUUUCAUGGAAUUUGGCAUAGGUUUUUAAUGUACAAUAUAGUUCUGAGAAGGCAGUUAUGAGUUAUGUCUUCUGCAUGAAUUGGUCCGCUGGUACAGAUGAAGCCUAAGAAAAUGGCUUUCCUUUCCCCUAAAAGUAGGGUGAGGUCUGUACUGAAUGUAAAAUGUAAAGGAAGUUCUGUGAAGCCAAUAUUUUCUCACUGACAUACAAAAUGUUUCAAGGACAAAUAAUGUCUGUCUUAGACGGGGCAGUGGAAGGUGGGAUUAGAAAUGACUGCAUAUCCCUUUAGUACCCAGCCCUCAGCAUCCUGCUGGGAGAGUCUGUCCCUGUGGCCUUCAAAUGGGACUCACAGGGACGGCAGGACUCACUGUAGCUCCUUUUAUGUACAGCAGAGGGCAGAAGCUCCUUGGCGUGUUCGUGAGGGAGCCACACAAGAGAAAGCCUGACAUUCCUGAGAAAGGAGGAUGCCUAAAAACUCAGAGUGAAUAAAGCUUUCCAGUAGACAGGGAGGUGGUUGAGACAAAGUGCUUCCCUCUCCUGCGGUGGGUCUGGAGCCACAAAAUCUCCCCCUCCCAAUCCUGUUUCCUAGUGACUGGACGCCCUAGGGGCUCUCUGACGUGCCAUGCCCCUAGUUAAUAUCACAACCUUGUUCUGUCCUUGCUGAUUGCCAUCCGCUGCCUGGUCUGGAGUCCUGUGUGAGGUAGUUGUCAGGAUGGCAGCUCCAGUCUGCUAGUGGACAUUUAUAUAUGGGCGCAUACCGUGGCUGAGGCGCUAGAAAUGUGUCUGCUUACACACACACACCAGCCAAAUAAGGACAUUUAACUUUGGCCCAAUAAGGACCUCAUCAGUUACCAACUGAAUCAAAGCAUGGUGGCUUUUUAUUUUCAAAGCAUGGUUUCAGCAAUAUAUUCACAAAGAAACUCAGACAUUUUGAAAAAAGUAUUUGGCAUCUUACAUUGCUUGGCUAAAUGAACACUAAAUAUAGACCGACAUCAAGCUGGGGUUUCUGGGCCUUGUAGGAACACCUGUGCGCUGAAGGAAGGCAAACAAAGAACCACAGAAUUUGUAAAGUUUUGUUGCAGUUGCUUCUGAUUAGUUUUUUUUUUUUUUUCCUGGCCGCCUAGCAGUCAAAGCUCACAUUUUUGAACAAUGAAUCAUUCCCAGGACACGGGCCCUGGAGGCAUGCCUGAAGACAGAAAACUUUAUAUUGUGGAUUCCAUAAACGACUUAAACAAACUUAACCUCUGUCCUACGGGAUCACAGCACCUGUUCCCCCUCGAGGAGAAAAUCCCGGAUGUUGGCACUAACUCAGGAAACGGAAGUCAUAGUCUGUUUUUUAUGGGGUUGAUAAUUGUGCUGAUUGUCAGCCUGGCACUGGUUUCCUUCGUGAUUUUUCUAAUAGGUAAGCACCACCGACAUGUUCUCAUUACUCAAAGGCUCUUACUUUGUGGUUGGUUGUUUAACUUUGUUCUGGGAGAAGACGUGCUUUUUGGCACUCACAGCUAUGCUGAAAGAGGGCGUGCGGUGGCCCUGAGUGAGCCCUGCGGCUCCAGGAGGAUCGUGGGGACACAAGCCUAUGGUGCCCAAAGUUCACCAACACCUCCUAGGACUUUACUCUCUUACUUGAAGUCCCUAGCUGUCAAAUGGCUGGCGGAUUAUCCUUGGUGACUGUCGGUUUUCUUGGUCCGGUGUAAAACGGUUCUAUUCAUUCAGAGAGAGAGCCUCACGCUGAGGCUUCCAAUUCCUUUCCAGGUUUUCUCACUUCCCAGGAAUCAGCUGGCAGCCUGACGGCUCUGCACGCCUCCUCUCGCCCCCCACCCCCACCCCAGGCAGUGUUAGGAAGGCUAGGAAGGCGGUAAGACCACUUCUUUCCUGUUUGAUGGUGCCUGGGCUCUCCUCGCUGCCCUGCCUGCUAUUGGCCUGGGCCUGACCUCUCCCUUGGGGACGGCUGUCCCACAC